AUGGCAGCCGAGAAGGACGCUGUGGAUGUGCUUUUGCUCGUGUUUGUGCAUGGAUUUAAAGGCCAUGCUGAGCUUACAUUUGAGGACUACCCCUCGCGUCUCCUGCAUAUCCUGUUGGAGACCUAUCCUUCAAUGGACGUCAAGGCGUUGACGUACCCCACGUACGAGACGCGUGGAUCGCUCGAAGAUGCCGUGGACAAAUUCCUAACAUGGCUCACGACGGAAGUCGCUACACUUGAAUCCGCGCCGCUUCUGUCCGCCGCCUCCACGCGUCGGAAGCGACAUUGUGGCGUAGUGCUGUGUGGCCACUCGAUGGGUGGUCUCGUUACGUUGGAUGCAGCGCUGUCCAUCCAUUCCCAGGCCUCGGACCACCAACCCGCAUGGCCUCACAUAUGUGGGGUGCUGGCCUACGAUACCCCCUACCUGGGUGUACACCCGAAUGUCUUCAAACAUCAACUAUCGACGUACCAUGGCUACCUCGACAAUGUCAUCAAAGUCGGCGCGAUGCUGGCGCCUGUCACCGGUGGCAUGGCGUCCAUGCUAGCAUCACGACGUGCCUCACCCAAUGUCAGCCACAAGUCACGCUGGUCCACUGCCUCUUGGAUUGGAAUCGGCACAGCCGCGGCGGCGGCCAUCGGUACCGCCGCGGUCGCCGCCUAUACGAGCUCGGACCCUGUGCAGGACACUUACCGCUGGGUCUCGGAGCAUGUGAUGUUUGUAAGGCACUUGUGGGAUACGGAGGCCCUGACCUUGCGGUUGCAUUCAUGCCGCGUCCCCUACCACUGCUUCUAUACACAGCUGCGUGGGACGAAUCCACGUACGUUUAUCAUUGUGCCCGACGCCCACAAACCCUAUGCUCGUGCCUUUACACCGAUCAUCAUACCGGCCGCCAACGAAGUGGCCGCGCAUAUUGGCAUGUUUUCCAUGCGGACCAACCCCGCGUACUCGUCCAUGGGCCUGGACAGUGCGGCGCUCAUUGGCGAGUGGGUGCCCCGUCUCUCUUCCGCGCCAUCGAUCUCGACACCUGCAUGGACCGACGAGGUACCGAUGGAGGAGGACUCUACGCACUAG